AUGCUGAGUCGAUUGCGAGAACCCGAACGACUUCUGGCUAAACUGGUCGACCCAGAUUCCUUUUAUACUGGAAGCAUCACUGACUCCGUCGCCGCAUUCCGCGAGAACCGAGCCCAUUGUGUGUUGGCCCAGGGCGAAGACAAAAGAGUGCAAAAAGCGGUGGUGGGGCGAAAGCGCGCAAACUUUUUUCGAACCAAUUUAAAAAACGCCCGAGAUCCUGACCCCAGUGGAGACAAUAAGACACUAAUUACCCGCGAUGACUCGAUUGAUAAGGUUUCAGGUUUUCAGGAAAACGGCAGACAUGAUACGGAAUACACUGGAAAUACGAAAAAAGACCCAUAG